UUGAAUUUUAUUGAAACUGCAUACAAUUUUUUUUCAUCAUCUCGUACUUGUAAGUAUAGUAUCUAAUCUUAAAUAAACAGUUCAAUAAUAACUUGUGAUUAUGGUCUCUAAUAUAUGGGUUGCGGCUGCUGAUAAUCAGCGUAAGAUUGUUGAAUCAUAUAUUGAAUCAGGAAAUUUUACUCCUAAUGCUAAGGAUCCUAAUGGUUAUACCCCAAUCCAUGCUGCUGCAUCUUAUGGUCAUAUAAAUUUACUUCAAUAUUUAAUAGAAAAGGGGGGUGAUAUAAAUAUACAAGAUAAUGAAGGAGAUACUCCAUUACAUCAUGUUGAAGAUAUUAAAACUGCUAAAUUUUUAGUGGAAGAAUUAAAGGCUAAUUAUAAACUAAAAAAUGAUGAUGGAUUAACAGCAGCACAAUAUAUAGAAGAAGACGAUGAAUUCCCAGAGGUAGCACAAUAUUUGAUCUCAUUAGGUCAUGAAAAACCUGAUGAAGAGGAUUCUGAACCAUCCAGUAUGUUAGAAUCUUUACCUGCACCAGGAAAUAUUGAUGGACAUCAAAUCAGAUAUACCAUGGAGAAUGAUCCUAAUGAAGCAGACCUUUCUCCAGAAGAAUUGGAAGAAAGAAGAAAGAAAAUAGAAGCUAUUUUAGCUAGUGAAAACCCAGAAGAAGCUCUUAGAGACUUAGUAAAGAAUGCUGUUCAUGAAGGAUUAUCUCAAUUUAAGGAUGGACAAGAUCAUGAAGAAGGUCAAUCAUCUAAGAGAAGAAAGUAAAUAGUUAUGUAAUACCAAUUCAACCUUAUCUAGAUAUACGAUAUACAUAUAUAAACUACAAAGUCU